AUGUCCAAUCAGACCAUCUUGAGGAUUUCGAGAGAGAUCACGCAGAUCCAGCAAGGCAGUGAUUUGUCCAUCGCCGUCGCAUGCCAGGAGAAAGACGUCCGCCAUGUCAGAGCCCUGAUCAUCGGUCCUCAUGGGUCACCGUACGAGUACGGCUUCUUCGAAUUCAGCGUCAACUUCGGCUCAGAAUACCCCAGUAAACCUCCCAAAGUCGAGGCCAAAACCACGAAUGGAGGUCGCACGCGGUUCAACCCUAAUAUCUAUGCUGGUGGGAAGGUCUGCUUGUCGAUCUUAGGAACGUGGCACGGCGAGAGGCCGGGUGAAGAGUGGUCUUCCGCACAAGGGCUAGAGUCGAUCCUGUGGUCCAUUCAGAGUCUGAUGUCCAACAAUCCAUACGAGAAUGAGCCUGGCUAUGAGAAUGCCAAGGGAACGGAGGACAAGAAAAUGAACGAUUUAUAUUGCGCCAAGAUCCGUCAUGAGACGCUUCGUAUCGCGGUCAUUCAAAAGCUCGAAGAAGCGCUAGGGAUUCAGCCUGAUGGCUCAGUAGCCCUUCCAGCGGCCUCGCUACGGUGGUCUUCAGACGAGGACGAUGAGGAACAAAGCCCAGGUCUUCUUGAGACGCAACCGAAGCUGAAAUUCGCGCCCUUCAAGGACCUCUUCAAACGGAGAUUCAUGUGGUACUUCGAACAUUACAUGUCGACAAUCGAGCAAUAUAGUUCCAAGAACAAGGAUGGCACCGACUUCACCAAGAUGCCUUUCGAAGGCGGUGGCAACACCAUGGAUGGCAAGUUCAAGUACGCCGAGCUGGGCAAGCGACUGGUGAGGAUAAAGGAAGUGAUCCGCGACGAGACCAACAAGUGGGCCGUUGAGGGACUCGGUAUGAAGAAUAGGGAAUCUUCCAAGGCGGCAACCAUCCAACGACAGUUUGAACAGCUGGCAGACUACUUGCAGCGGAAAAAUCUACACAACGUCAAUGUGGAACUAGAGAAGUGCAACCCUUUCGUCUGGAUUCUGACCUACUUGGGCAGGCCUGGCACACAUCUGGAUGGCGGAAUUUUCAAGGUCAGAAUCUCCAUAAGCCCUCGGUUUCCCGACGAGCAGCCUCGCGUGCGAGUGGAGACCGCGAUAUAUCACCACAGAGUGUCGAAGGAUGGUGUGCUGUGCUAUUUCCCGAAGGAAUCCGACAUGCUGAGGAAUCACGUGGAGAGCAUUGUUGAGGCGCUGGAGGAGGAGUCCCCUCCGUACGAUCCGAGGACGAUUGUGCACCCGGAGGCGACUAAAUUGCUGUGGGGGAACGAGGGCGACAAGAAGAAGUACUAUCGUCAGCUGAGGAGGUCAGCGCAGAGGACGACGGAGGAUGGGAUGGAGAAAUGA